UGGCAGCAGAGAUAAGCAAGAAGCUCAGGGUCUACAUGAUCUUCACUCAUUCCACUAGCCGUUGUAUCUGAUUGAUGAUUACUUUCGUUGUAUUACUUGAAUAUCUCAAAUGCAAAGAGAACCCCCAAAGUGCAAAGUGAGAAUGAAAGUUGAGUUGGACAGAUUUAGCUACUUACCAAGUGAUGUUACGGAAAAAAUUCUGUUACUUUUGUCGACCUGGGAGGUAGUCAGGACAAGUGUUUUAUCGAGCAAGUGGAGGUACAAAUGGGCUAUGCUUCCAUGUCUGGUGUUUGAUGAAGAGUGCAUCUCGUAUGCUGCUAGCCAUGCUAAAUUUGUGAAAAUUGUUGAUCAUGUGCUUUUGCUUCACAUUGGUCCGUUACACAAAGUCAAGCUUCAUCAUCGAAAUCUUCUAGGCACUGAAGAUAUUGACCGUUGGAUUCUUCAUCUAUCAAGAAAUUCUAUCAGAGAGUUUAUAUUUAUUUUUUCUGGAUGGCCUGACUACCAGUUGCCUUCAUCUUUGUUUUCUUGUCGAGAUAUGAUUAGUUUGGAAUUACGUAACUGUUUGCUAAAACCUCCCUCCACAUUCAUGGGAUUUGAGAGUUUGGAAAAGCUUAGACUUUUCCGUGUUACAUUGAGCCAAGAUGAGGUUGAACGUCUGAUUGUUUGUUGUCCUCUACUUAAGGUAUUGCGUUUGGAAAACUGUAGUGGUUUCACCCGUCUAAAGGUUGAUGCACCAAAUCUCCAGGUCUUUGACUUUGGCUGUGUUUUUGAGAAUUUUUGUCUUGAGCAUACAUUAAACCUCAAGGUUGUUUAUAUUGCUUUGAAAGAGGAUAUUGAUCAAAGAGAGGCUUCCAGCAGUUCUAGCAAUUUAGUCAAGUUUUUUGUUCAACUGCCUCGCAUUCAAAUUCUUGAGAUUCGUAAAUACUUCUUAAAGUAUUUGGCUGUUGGUUCCUCUCCACCAAUGCUGCCUAAACCGUGUUUAUAUCUCCACACUCUUGUUUUACGAAUGAACUUCAGUGAUGAGGAUGAGAUUAUAACUGCUCUAUGCGUUCUGAGAAGCUCCCCUGCUCUAACAAACCUAUCUAUUUCGGCUCGCCAAGUUGAACAGGCUGUUGUAGGAGAAGUAAACUCUUGGUUACAUGAUAACCAAAUUUUCCUAUUCCCCGAACUAAGACUUGUAAAGUUAAACCGAAUCUCUGGCAUCAAAGCUGAACUAGAUUUUGUCAGACUUUUGCUUUCUAGUUCCCCUGUGCUUGAGAGAAUGACCAUUAUGCCUGCAGCUGUUCACAAUUCUUCAGAACUACUAAAAAAAGUGAUUCAAUUUAAACGGGCCUCAGUGCAUGCAGAGAUUAUCUACUUGCAAAAAUGA